AUGCAGUUGGGAGCGACGUCUGUACGGGAAUCGGCUACUACAGAAGCUGGUAGAACCAUAAGUCUAGAUGGCAGUCCAUUAAAAUUGUUGCAAGUGGACCGUAGUGACGUCAGGGUAAUGUCAGUUAGCAGUAGGGAAGAGCUCUCAAAUCUCAUAUCGGGUUCGUCGCCAACAAAACAAGGAGGGGUAGAGGAGGAAGGAGCAAAUGUUGGGUUUGG